UCUAAAGGUGUUCUGAGUAUCUUCUUGGAAUAGCAAGAGCAGAAACUAGUUUGGAGUUUGAAAGAAAACACCAAGACAGGAUGUAUGUGUGCUUUACUCACUAGUGGGGGAAUAUAACAAAGCUUUAUAGAUUGGAACUAAGAACAAUUUUGUAAACUACUGAACAGGUAUACAAUCCAGCCUAGUAGCAAAUCACAGAAACGCAUCAGAGAAAACCAUACCUCUCCUCUGAAAUUAUCUGAGUGCUUCUUAACAUAAAGCUAUUCAGUUUGGACAAUAUUGGGAGUUUUCUUCAGACAUGAUGCAUGAGGAUGGUACCGAGUGGCUUCUGGGCCUUUUGCAGGAAAUCCAGUUGGAGCAGUUCUACCUUAAGAUUCGUGAUGAACUUAAUAUUACACGUCCUAUCCACUUUGAUUACCUUAAGCCUACAGACCUGGAUAAGAUUGGCAUGGGAAAACCAGGUCAAAGAAGAUUACUUGAUGCAUUGAAAAGAAAAAGAAGUGGUGGAAGUGUAGAAAAACCAAAAAACUGGAUCAAAACGGUGUUUAGUAACAAGAACAGUGAUGUAAUGGAGUCCACCUUCUAUUCCCCCUGCAUUGCAACACCAGAACCAGAAUAUGGCCUGAAGUGUUUAAUCAAUGAUAAAGACCUGAAGCUGUUGGAAAAGUUAGGAAAUGGAUGCUUUGGGAUCGUCAAACGGGGAGAGUGGAGGAUGCCAUCAGGGAAAGUUGUGAGUGUCGCUGUAAAACAUCUGCGGAAUGAUGUUGCAGGUGAUUCAGAUGCUUUAAACAGCUUCCUUCAAGAAAUAAACACAAUGCACUUACUGGACCAUCCUAACCUAAUCCGACUUUAUGGACUUGUUCUAACUCCACCUUUAAGAAUGGUGACAGAGCUGGCACCUCUUGGGGCCCUCCUUGACUACCUGAGAGCAAGGUAUGCAAACUUCUCAAUCCAGGUGCUCUGGCAGUAUGCUACACAGGUUGUCGCAGGCAUGGCUUACUUAGAAUCCAAGCAUUUCAUUCAUAGAGAUCUCGCUGCGAGAAAUAUCCUGCUAGCAUCUGAAGACAUGGUUAAAAUUGGAGAUUUUGGACUCAUGAGGGCACUGUCUAGUGAAUCGGAUCAUUACAUUAUGUCACCUCAUCGCAUGAUUCCUUUCCCAUGGUGUGCACCUGAAAGCUUGAAAAUUGGAGCCUUCACACACGCUUCAGAUGUUUGGAUGUUUGGAGUGACCCUCUGGGAAAUGUUUUCAUACUGCCAAGAGCCAUGGGUGGGACUCAAUGGUAGACAGAUUUUCCAAAAAAUUGAUCGAGAGGGAGAAAGACUGGAAAAACCUGAGGACUGCCCAAAGAACAUUUACAACAUCAUGCAAAAAUGCUGGUCCCACAAACCAGAGAAUAGGCCUACAUUUAAUGCCCUAUCUGCUCUAAUAAUGGAGGUUCAGCCAUUUGAUCUGAGAGCCCUGCAGGAAUUGAAUGAACCUGGUAAACUGCGCUUCCACAGCAAUGAUGUCAUCACAGUCAUUGAUGGAGGUCCAGAAAUCUCCAUGUGGCGAGGUCAGAAUCGAAAAACUCUGCAAAUUGGUCACUUUCCAUCAUGUUGUGUGGCUGUAGAUGAAGUGAGGCCUGGAAUUCGUAUAAGCUACCCAUUACGAAAUAGCUUUAAUCACACUGGGCACGGAGAUAUAAAUCCAGGACAAUGCUGGGGAUCACCAGAGCGAAUUGAAGAAAGAGAGCUGCGGAACCAAAUUUACAAGGACAGAGAGCCUGCAAAACUCAGAAAGAUGUCUUGGCUUUCACGAAGUCUGGAAUCAGUGGCAGAAAUUCAUGAUGCAGAUGUCAGGAAUUAUCCACAACACAGGAUACAUGCUGCGGAUUGCAAGCCAAUCUCAAAAGCUACAGCCCGCAGAAUGACUGAUUUGCCACCACGGAGCAUUCUGGCUGACCUGAAGGAGACCAUGCGAAACAGGGGUAUAGAAGAAGAGAAGGUGAGGAUGAACCAGGGAAAUACUGCAAGAGAUAGAAUACCACCUCUAAAUUCAGCUCCUGGCUUUCGCUCUGGAAUGCAACAGCAGCAGUCUGGUGUAAAAGGAGCAAGGAUGCAAGCAGCCAACAACUCCCCUGUUCAGACACGGUUGGCAGCCCUGAACCUUCAUAGCUCUGGAGAAUCCAGGACACCAUUCGUUAAGCCUGCAGUUGUAUUACAAAAGGCUGGUCCACUGAAUUCUAAUGAAGGACCUCAAAAGAAGAUAAAAGAGGUCCAGGAUAAUGUCCAUGGAGUAACAACUGAAGAGUGCAUUGAAGCUUUGCGGUCACAUGGCUGGGAUACUUUGAAAGCAACGCAGUUUCUAAAGUUGGAACAACUGUUUCAUACAAGUAACCUAUCCAGAGAAGAAUGCCGUAGAAUUCUGGAAAAGUGUCAGUGGAAUCUAGAAUUAGCGGGCCGUUAUGUAUUGAGACGAGCUGUCCUGUCAUGAGGGAAUAAAUGGGUCACCUUGGAGCUAGGAAAAAUGACCCGUUUCAUUGACUGCUGAUUUUCCAAUCUGCUGACCAAACUGUUUGUGGGCAAUGAAACAGGAUGACAUUUUUUUCUGCACAAGUUAAGUUAUUUCACAGGUCAAACUCUACAGCUGAAAGUUUUGUGCUUCAGUUACCAGAAACAGUAGCUGUACUCAUUGUCAUGUCAAGCUACUGAAGGGGUCCAGUCUGUAAUGCACUUUACACCUUCCUUUGGAUUUUAGAGGACCUUUAGGAAAACUUUAUUAGAGCAACAGCAGUUUUUGGAUUCCUUUGACAAGAUAUUAUCCUAUAAAAAAAGAAAUGCUUAAUGAUUUAGGAUACUAGACUCUGGACUGGUAUGUGUAGAGUUCUAUUUUCUUAAUGCAGCAUGUGCUACGAUUCAUGCAAGUGUAUUGUGAGAAGAAGAAUAAUGGAGUCAUUGGAAACCAACAUAAUACACAGGAAAUUUACUUUCACAGUGAUAAAUAUUUGAAGGAAAGGGUGAAAAAAGCAUGUAUUCUGUGAAGUGAAACGAUCAUAUCUGAAACAGGGAGCCAAGGAAACAAAGUUCAUUUACUAUUCAAAAAAAAAUAUAUAUAUGUAUAGCAGAAACAAAUAUGAAAUCUGAGGAACAAACUG